AUGGGGCUGUCAGCCCAGGCUCACUGGAAACCCUCUCACAAUCAGCUGGGUGUUGCUGAGAAAUUUGAGGAUGUCCAGAGCAGAACUGUGUCAGUCAGACAAGAGUGGUUAAUUCUGCUAACUCUCAGUGGACCAUUGACAUUUAUGGAUGUGGCCAUAGAAUUUUCUCUGAAAGAGUGGCAAUGCCUGGACACUGCACAACAGAAUUUAUAUAGAGAUGUGAUGUUAGAGAACUACAGAAACCUGGUCUUUCUCGACCUGAUCACCUAUCUGGAGCAAGGAAAAGAGCCUUGGAAUAUGAAGAGACACGAGACUGUAGCCAAACCCCUAGUUAUGUGUUCUUAUUUUGCCCAAGACCUUUGGCCAGAGCAGAACAUAAAACAUUCAUUUCAAAAAGUGAUACUGAGAAGAUAUGGAAAAUGUAGAGAUGAGAAUUUACCACUAAGAAAAGACUGUAAAAGUGUGGAUGAUUGUAAAAUGCACAAAAGAAUUUAUGAGAAACUUAACAGAUGUUUGACAGCUACCCAGAACAAAACAUUUCUAUGUUAUAAAUCUGUAAAUGUCAUUUACAAAUUUUCAAAUUCAAAUAGAUGUAAGACAAGACAUCCUAAAAAGAAACCUUUUAAAUGUAGCAAAUGUGACAAAUCAUUUUGCAUGCUUUCACAUCUAAUUCAACAUAAAAUAAUUCAUACUAGAGUGAAUUCCUACAAAUGUGAAGAAUGUGGCAAAGCCUUUAACCGAUCCUCAUACCUUACUACACACAAGAUAAUUCAUACUGGAGAGAAACCAUACAAAUGUGAAGAAUGUGGCAAGGCUUUUAAGCACCCAUCAACCCUUAGUAAACAUAAGAGAAUUCGUGGUGGAGAUAAUUCCUGCCAAUGUGAAGAAUGUGGAAAAGCUUUUAAGCAGUUAUCAAACCUUAAUAACCAUAAGAUAAUUCAUAUUGGAGAGAAACCCUACAAAUGUGAAGAAUGUGGAAAAGCUUUUAAUCACUCCUCAACACUUAGGAAACAUAAGAUAAUCCAUAGUGGAGAAAAACCCUACAAAUGUGAAGAAUGUGGCAAAGCUUUCAACCAGCCAUCAAACCUUAGUAUACAUAAGAGCCUUCAUACUGUAGAGAAGGCUUACAAAUGUGAAGAAUGUGGAAAAUCUAUUAACUGUUUCUCAAACCUUACUAGACAUAAGAGAAUUCAUACUGGAGAGCAACCCUACACAUGGGAAGAAUGUGGCAAAGCCUUUAACUGUUCCCCAAUCCUUAUUACACAUAAGGCAAUUCAUACUACAGAGAAACCCUACAAAUGUGAACAGUAG